GAGGGGUUUUGCGAUCGGAGCGGGAUUUUUCGAUAUGGGAGGGUCGACCGCCCAGGGGCCGACAACAUCGAACGAGCGAGGGUUAAGGUUUUGAAGCUCGCCAUUGACCGCUUGCGGAGCUCCCGAAGGCAAGAGCGGCUCGGAUUCCUUGCGCUCGACCCUCGGAUCUUGAUGCGCUUUCCCUUACUCUGCAGCCGCGGUAGGUUUCCAUUCCUUUUUCUUCAGAUCUAGAAUCGAGAAAUUUUGGUGAUUUCCAGCUGUUCGAGCUCGCAUUCCCGCCAAAUCUAGCGGAUCGGGAGGAGAGUCUCCGAGCCGGCGAAAUUGUCCUGGAUUCUGCUCACUUUCGUUGGGAUCGGCAGUUUUAUCGAAUCCAUCAGUUUGAAAUCUUGAAUCCGAGGUAUGUGGACGGAAACUCAAGAUUUCAACUCAAACAGUUUCUAAUUCUUGCCGUCGCAGAGUCCACGAUCAUGGCGGCCAUCAGAUUGGAAGCGCAAUACUAUGCGACCAGUAGCCUUGUUGUAGGAUAUGCUCUCUGUUCUAGCUUGCUGUCCAUCAUAAACAAGUUUGCCAUCACAAAGUUCAAUUACCCUGGCCUUUUAACUGCAUUGCAGUACUUGACCUCUUCUCUUGGUGUUUGGGUUCUCGGAAAAUUAGGGCUUCUUUACCACGACCCCUUCACCUUUGAGACUGCCAAGAAAUUCUUUCCUGCGGCCACCAUCUUCUACCUUGCCAUAUUCACCAACACCAAUCUCCUCCGCCAUGCCAAUGUCGAUACUUUCAUCAUGUUUCGAUCCCUGACUCCCCUCCUGGUCGCCAUUGCCGACACUUUCUUUAGAAAGCAGCCAUGCCCUACAAAGCUCACAUUCUUAUCUCUUGUAAUUAUAUUGGGGGGUGCGGUUGGGUAUGUGAUGACCGAUUCAGCAUUCACCCUCACCGCGUACUCUUGGGCUGUUGCUUAUCUGGUGACGAUCACCACUGAGAUGGUUUACAUUAAGCACAUGGUGACGAAUAUGGGGCUGAACACCUGGGGUUUUGUGCUCUACAAUAAUCUCCUGUCCUUGAUGAUGGCUCCGGUGUUUUGGUUUCUGACAGGGGAAUAUGCUGAUGUUUUCAGAGCUGUCGGGUCAAGUUCUGAGACUUUGUUUGGUUUUACUGCAUCCGUUGCUGUGUCCGUGUCUUGUGUUUUUGGAUUGCUCAUCAGUUUCUUUGGGUUUGCGGCAAGGAAGGCGAUCUCAGCUACAGCAUUUACGGUGACUGGUGUUGUCAAUAAGUUUCUCACAGUUGCUAUUAAUGUGUUGAUCUGGGAUAAACAUGCAAGUCCAGUUGGUUUGAUUUGCCUGCUUUUUACCCUUGUGGGGGGAGUUCUUUAUCAACAAUCAGUUACCAGCAGGGGAAGAAGCCCUUCAUCACAGCAUGACUCUACUGCUUCUAGGCAGAUAAAUAGUGGGGUUGAGGGCAGUGGUUCUGAGGAUGAGAACCAAAGCUUAGUUGUAUCUGGUAAGGAUUCCAAAGUAUGAAUUCCAAGUAAAUAUUUAUUCUUGCUGCCGGAGAGGCAAAUUUAUGAUGUAGAAAGGUUAUACAUCAUUGGGCACAACCUUUUGAUAUUGCUGUUGGAUCAGACAAUCUAAGCUAGUGUUGCUUUUAUUGUGAAACUUCUCUGGUUUUGCAAUUUCUUAAUACAGUCUAUUCGCCUUUUUUCUAAACAAGAAAAAGAAUCUUGAUAUGUGUAUAUGACAUGCUUUA